AUGACGUUAUCGACAUCAACGAAAUCCAUUAGUUCAACGAACGCCGUUUCUCCUAGGGGGGUCUCAAUACGCCCCCCUUCAUUUGUUUUAUUGCAAAGUGCAGCUGUUGAAGGUGCUAAGUCUCGCGAAGAUGUUGCAGGAAUCACAGGAAUGUUCCCUGAGAUCCCUGAGUUCCCUGAGGAUACAGAGGAAACAAAUGCGGACAUGUCGCCGCUGCAUCAGAAGAUAAACCUGUUGCAGCAGCAACAUAAAGAAGAUAGAAAAGAAAUGCAGCACAUGCAUCGGUUGCUGCAUCAACAGGAGCAACAGUUGCAACAGUUGCGACAACUGUUGCAACGGCGGGAGCAGCUGCAGAAGCAAAACAAAUCGCGGGACCAGUUGCGGAACGAGCCGCGGAACGAGCCGCGGAACGAGCCGCAGGACCAGCCGCGGAAUGAGCUGCGAAACGAACCACGGAACCAGCUGCAGGACCAGCCGCGGAAUGAGCCGCAGAAUGAGCCGCGGAACGACCCGCGGGACCAUCCGCGGGACGAGCCUCUACACGACCCGCGGGACCAUCCGCGGGACGAGCCUCUACACGAACCGCGGGACCAGCCGCUGGAGCAACAACAGCAGCAGUAUAAAAGUACGUUUUUCAAAAUUGAGUUCGCCGUGGUCAAGGGCGAGGGCGAGCUCGAGCCCGUUGAUACGAGCAACGAGGCCGCGGUAGGAACGGUCGUCCGUGGCGCCAAUAUCCCAUAA